UGAUCUGUUAGAAAAAUCUAUUGGCAUAGGCCUACUGAAACCAACAACUGCGUGUACACUCACGAUCAGUGCGCUAUGCGACUUUUUCAUGUGGAAAUAGUUUAACUAAAAAAACAUAUGUUACUACUGUAAGCGACUCAGGAGUGAGGUGUCUCGGUAUGUUAUUAUCACACGGAAGCGCGCGUGGGCUGUGACGCGGAGACCGAACGCGAAACUUGGCGCGUCUCUCUGUGAUCGUGCUGUUGGAGCUGGGAACAUGCCACCUAAAGACCCGCUCCUCGGGACGCUCAAAGUGUGCAUCCUGAACCUCCAAGCUUCGGGGGAGCUAGUGACAGACCUCAACCCUCACCUGACCUCCUGCUGUGAGCUGCUGGAGCUCAUCCUUAGGAAGGGCCUCCAACAGCCGGUUCUGUGUCUGGGCCACAGAGACUACUGGCAUUGUUUUGAACAGCUUCCCCAUCAGGACACCUGUGGCAGGCUCAGUGCUCUAUCUCUGGCAGUGGAACAGACGGCCGUCAACAAGAAGUUGCUUUCGCCUCAGGGUCGGGGACGAUACCUGCUCAGGCUGGCCCUCAAACGGAGGGUUCUAGAAGGAUUCCUCAAACACUUGCUACACACACCCAAGCUUCUGGAGUGGUACAAUCCAGCUGUCUCGAUUCUCAGGAAUGAGGAAUUCGUUGAGCCUUUCACGUCUCUGCUCCUUGUGCUGUCAGGCAUGGAGUUCAAGCUGGACAUGAAGAACUGCAGUUUCCUGGACGAGAGUUGGCUGCUGCCUGUGUGUGACGUGUACGAGGCCGUUCCCUGCAAGGAGCUGGGGAUGGUGCUCAGGUAUCUGAGUGGGCGUGUCUUUGUGCUGGACCUGUUGCCAGGCAGCCAGGCCCAGGUGGACAGAUGUGUCCAUCUAGGUGACAUCAUCGAUGAGAUCAAUGGAAUCUCCCUUCGGAACGCCAGGAAUGGCCAGGCAGGUGUGGUGCUGUCUCGGUUAAAGGGUCGGCCGCUGUCCCUGCGCGUGCUGCGCUGGCAGGGCAGGGAGGGGGGCACGUAUCGGCCAAUCAUCAAACUCCUACGGGAGCUGAGAGAGGAGAACCCCUCUUUGCGGCUAGACCCCUCCCCUUCCUCUCAGCUCUCCACCAAUGAGAGGUCAGCGCCGUCACAAUGCCUCAAAGAAGGGAGAAUUGUUUACAUUGUGCAGUACAUGGGAAAGGCAAACAUUGGAAUGUAUGGAGGGAAGGAGGUCUUGCAGGUGGGCAUCCCCCAGGUCCUAAAGAGAGGCCAGCCCAGCCAGGAAGUGCUUUUGGACUUGAAGGAAACCCACUUAACCUGUACUGACAAUGCCAGCAAGAAAGAGCUUUUCCAGCACCACUACCCUGAGAUCUCAUGUGUGGGGAGAUACGGUCAGCCAGACUUCACCCUAUUUGCAUUCUGUGUAGUAGACUCCCCAGAAACACCCCAGUCAUCAGGCUUCUGCUGUGUGGUGCUGAGAGCCAGCCACGGGAAGCAGUGUGAGGAUAUAGUCAGCCGCAUUGCUACAGGGUUUAAGCACACGGAGUGGUUUGUAUAACACGUUGAGGAACUUCAUCUGUAUGUGCCAUAGCAGCUCGACAAAGCCUGUGCUACAUUUCCUGCCAUUGUACAAAGCAACACAUGUAAAUAAAAUAAAAAACUACGGUGUAUUACAAUGUGUUUGAGACACAUCAACCAUGCACUCAAAUGAUUACACAGACAUGGCUUGUACUCGUAAAGACAUUUAAUAGAAAUACUACAAUGUGACAACACGUCAUAAACAGUAUUAAAUGUAGCUGCCAAGGUUCUUUUAUGUAGGAAAAGUAAUAUGUAAAAAGCAGUCCUGAACGACCACAGUGAUCCUCCCUGCUGUGCCCCCCUCACCCACCCAGAGCAGUAGCACAAAGGGUCCUGACACAGGUGGUGAACGCCUGGACCACCACCAGCCAGAUAUCCAGCUGGUCAAAAGCCAGGCGGGUCAGGAGGUUGGUUGAAAGUGUGGAGCCAACUGCUUAAGGACAGUAUGAGAGACGGCUGAUGAGUGACCGGGGGGGGGGGGGGGCAUUUGGAGGCAACCGCCCCAGAAGUGGAGAACAGCACAUUCUGAACACCUAUUACACAACCCCCAUCCACCGCCCCCCCACCCCCACCCCAAGACGCCUCCAGUUUGAAGCCGGGCAGAAACGCCUAGAUAUGUCAAUGGGUCACUGAACAAUACCCCAAAAUCCAGAAUAGUGGAAUGACGGAUCUUUACCUCGUUCUAAAAAUACAAAAAAUAAAAGUAUAAAUCAGGAACAUUCCUUUUAAAAAUACCCAAGAAAUAACAUGUCCACAAAAAAAGGGUUAGGUAUGAUAAAUAGGAUUAUUAGUCUGGACGACGCCAUGAGGGGGGGGGGGGUUCCUAGGCCCUCUCGCCCCUUAUCCUGCGAGCCAGCUGGAUGUCUUUGGGCAUGAUGGUGACACGCUUGGCAUGGAUGGCGCACAGGUUGGUGUCCUCAAACAGACCCACCAGGUAGGCCUCGCUAGCCUCCUG